CGAGACCACUCACUCUCCUUUUUUCCCUUCUCUCUCCAAACCCCUCUCUCUCUCUCUCUCUCUCUCUCUCUCUCUCUCAUAGGCAUUUCCACAAACACCUACAAUGCACUCCCACAGCUUCCUCCGCACCCUCCCUUUCCCCACCCACUCCCCCAAACCCUUCCUCGCCCUCGCCGCCGCCUCCUCCUCCUCUUCCGGCUCCGGCUUCGAGCUCUCCGUCUCCGACGCGGAGCUCGCGUCCCGCGGCUUCGCGGUGCGGCGCGACGCGGAGGGCCUCGACGUGGGCGCGCUCAACGACGUGUUCGCGCGCGUCGGCUUCCCCCGCCGCGACCCCGCGCGCCUCCGCCGCGCCCUCGCCGCCGGCGGCGCCGGCGGCGCCGUCGUGUGGGUCGCGCCCUCGCCGCCGGCGUCGGCGGCGCCGGUGGCGUUCGCGCGGGCGACGGGGGACGGGGUGUUCAACGCGGUGGUGUGGGACGUGGUGGUGGAUCCGUCGCACCAGGGGCUGGGCCUGGGCCGCGCCGUGGUGGAGCGCGUCGUGGCGGAGCUCCGCCGCAAGGGCGUCGGCAACAUCGCGCUCUACGCCGAGCCCCGCGUCGUCGGCUUCUACCGCCCCCUGGGCUUCGCCGCCGACCCCGACGGGAUCCGCGGCAUGGUCUACUCCCGUAAAAAUCAAAAGAGGAACCGAUGAGACAACAACACACAUGAAAAGGGCGGUGGACGGAUCUAGGAUUCCGGCGAGGUGGCGGCGCCGCCGAGAAAGGGGGGAGAUGAGGUCGUCUCCCUCCGCAAUGACUCGCGUUGAGGAUACACCUGAGUCGUAUUUACCUUAAUUAAAUUAAUUUUAAAUU